UCCCUCCUCUCCAGCGCGUUUCGCCAAAACGCACGGACACCUUACCUGUUAUCGUGAGUAACGUGUCGUGGUGCGUGUUGGCACAGAUAGCGUUUCAAUUUUGAUGCCCCGAGUCGAUCGUUAAUGGUGCACAAAGCGAGAAGCGUGCAUCCAGGCAACCAGUCCGGCGGCAACACGCAGACAGGAGCGAGAGGUGGAUUUCAAAGCACCACAGUUUGCUUCUCUAGGUAUUUUGUCGCAUGGACGUGAACUAAUCUGAGAGUUUUUAGAGGGAGCUCAAGUGGAUUUUUUUGUUUUGUUUUGUUUUUAUUCUUAUUUUGUUUUAAGGACAUGAUGAUUUCUUGCUCUGGUGCGCUGGCAGAGCUCAAGACUGGCCCUGUGUAUUUCUUUGACCAGCCAACAAAACGAAACAGAAUGAAAGGGACAAGAAGCAGGCUAUAUUUCAAUGUGGCAAACGAAGACACAGCACAAAGUCAAGAGAAUGACAACAAAGAAGGUGUUGAGCUCACUCCGAGGCUCUCAGGUGAAACAUGUGGGGAAGUUAAACCUGAUACCGCAUCUGAUGCGCCGAACAUAAAGGACCAAGAUCCGGUGGAUGCCUACAAGCGAGCAGCCCCUCAGUUAUUAAACGACCUGGCUCGCCUGCUUUCCCAACAUAAGUGGGCCCAGAAGGCGUGUAUUCCUCGCGGGAUUGUAAAUAUUCUGAAUUGCUCCUGGCAGGAGCUGACUGCAGGGGCGGUGCAACAGACCAACGACAAACCAGGAGGCCCCAGAGGUUCCCUGAAGUUGGAUGAAGACUGUGACAAGAACAAGAAGGAGGCAGGAGAGAGAAACUCAGUUGUUGUGGUGGAACAUGUUGGUCCCACUGUGAAAAAACCACAUGUGAGCUCAAAUCCACGCAUGAAAAAGCACAAACAAAAUAACAAGAGAGCUCACAACUCCACAACCUUCAGUUUCUCUGUCUCAUCCGACAGCAGUAAACAUCCAGCUGGAUGUGAUUUGUUUCCAGGUUGGAUUGUCCAGCCGACGCAGCCCUCCUGUGAUGACCCUCAGUGGAUCAGGUUGUGUCAGUGGGUGGUGGAUCGGCUCCAGGCGGCAAGAAAUAAUGCAAAACUGCAAACAGCUGAUCAGCACAUGAAGCCCCUCAUUCGCCGCCAUUAUGGUGACGCAAAGGAAACAGUGAAGGACAGGACAUCCAGGAGAAAAAAGGCCCAACCUGCCACUUUAGUCAACGGUUUACCCCAGAUACCAGAGGUGAAGCAGCAGGAUCCAGCACGGCAGAAACUACACUACAGGAUCAAUGACGGCUCCUCGUUCAUAUACUACCCAUCUGGUUGUAUGGCAGUAUGCCAAAGCUGCUCAGGUCUGCCCGGUGGAGGUUUCUACACCAACGUGUUCAGUGACAGCGAGUUUCCUGUUAUCAUGGCAACUAUCACAGCGUUUGGGCAUGGAGCCGUUACACACCCUCUGAGCUGUUCCAUCACUGCAGUGUGGGACCAGGAUGGUGGAUUCAUAUGUGACCAUCACGGGAACAUAACUAAGGACUGGAGCUGGCAGACAGGACGCACACCGAGGGAGAAGAUCGUGAUACAGUUGUCAGAUUUAAUCUCUGUGAGGCUGCUCAGUGGCACUUCUGCCAUGCUCCGCUUCAGCUGUAACAAAGAAAGUGUUCAUCUUCCUCUCCCUGCAUUGGCUAAACCAAAGGAAAUGCCUUGUUUGCAGACUCCAGGAAAGUUAAACUCUGAGGCUGCUCAAGACCCCCAGCUGGCGGGGAAGACAAAAUCCCCUGCUGUGGUCCUAAAAAACAAGAGGAACCUGAGGCUAACACCUGUGUCGGUGCGCUCCCGGGAGGUCCUCCAGAUGGUCAGAGAGGUGGAGGGGCUGGAGGAGCUGUCAACACAGCGGAGAAGAGGAGGGCAUGUUGGCAGGGAGCUGAAGAGGCUUCAGCAGAGAGUACGAAACAUCCUGGAUGACUGGAUGGAUUAUUAUCGCGUGGCCAUCGGGAUCAAGUGUCCUGACAUGGAGCGGAUGCCAGAUGCCCCGCUGAGGACCAGGCUGAGAAGGGAGGUACAGUCAGCUGCUCUGCCCUCUCUGAACCCACCUGAGUGGGUUGAUGCUAAGCCAGUCCAGCCCGAGGAGGACGGGGAUGAGUCGCAGGAGUUGCACGGACAUCGGUCAGCAGAGACCUGCAUCAAGCUGCCAAGGACACCCAAAAAGGGAACAAAGGCGGAGCCCCGUGUCACACAGAUAGGACCCCUUCAGAUUCACGGCAGUAUUAAACUUGAGUCACUGGUCAUUCCACACAGUCCAGAUUUGCAGCCCUCCGCCGUCACCAACCCUCCAGCCCGGCCGUCGUUCACCUCAUCCGCCCCCGUCACAGUGUGCCCAGCUCUGCUGAGAGCUGCCCUGCAGGGGGAGGGGGGGUGCAGGCGGUGCUGCUGCAGCGCUACGCUGAUGCCAGCGGUGACAGACCUGGAGUACGAUGCCUUCAUUAUGGGCCAGCCUCCACACAGUCAACAGAUCCUGGUGGUGUGUGUGACUCCGGCAAGCCAACACUUUAAUACACAUGUGGCGCCCGGCCAGGAGGUGCUGGAGCGGCUUUACAGGAGGAGGAACAAGCAGAGAACCACGCCGUGCACUCAGUGCCAGAUGGAUUCAUUUCGCCUGGUGAGGUACGAGAUGUCAACAGGGAAGCAGCCCAGCUGUGGAGCGGAGAACAUCCUGCUGCAGCAGAGACAUAACGCUGCUCCUGGGAUGGUCCUGAUGUACAUCAGAGGGAAGCUGCUGUUUGUCGGCUACGUAUUCAGUGAUCACAGUCGCUCAGUCAGGGACCUUCAAAAGCAAAUCUCCAGGAGCAGGGGAGACUACAGAUUAGGUCUGAGCCUCCCGUCGGACUACAAGCUCAGUGAUACAGUGAGUACUCCUGCAGCCAACCCCCAGGAUGCAACACUUAAAGGAGGCGAUGACAUCACACUGACCACUUCAGUUGAAAAGGGAAAGGCCAGUGAGAGGUACUAAAACACAAUCAAGUUCCUGGCAUGUCACGCCGACGACAGAGAGACUCUCAUAUCAAACCAAAGAAGACUCCAGCUCUUGCUGUUGUUCCCGUCGUCACACACUGAAUAUGCUCCAGUGACGGGAUCAAAUGCAGAUUGGCACCACUGAUUAGGUUGUAACUGAAAUGCAAAAUGUCUUGCUUUUUAUCUCAUAAUUCUGAAUUUUUUCUUUAAAUAAAUGACUUUAUAUGUAAUAAUCGUGACUUCACUGUAAUAUUUUCAACAUUUGUCUAGUAAAAUAAUCUAGUUUUUGGCCAUUUUCUCUUCACAUUUACAUCAGGUCAGUUUUUUACUUUUAUCUGCUAAUAAUGACUUUUAUCGCAGGAUUUCAAAGUUUUUUCUUGUAUUUGUGACUUUAUUAAAUGAUUUUGAUCUGAAUUUUGUCAUAUAUAACUUUUUAACCUCAUGUUCAUGACUCCACUCCAAUUCUUUAGAACCUUUAUCUCAGAAUUCUUACUUAUAGCAAAUAUUUACAAUCAAUGUCAUCUUUUUGGCAUCUAAUCUCAUAAUUAGAACGGGGUUUUUUGUGUUUUAUCUCAAUUUUGACUUUUUAUCACAGAAUCAUGACUUUUGUCUCAUCAUUUUAUGGCUUUCUUUUUUCAUAAUUACGCCUAUCUCCAUGUUGACGUUUUAUCUCAUAAUCAAUAAUUUACAAUGGGAACAUUUUAGUUCACCCAGUUUAGUUUCCAUCAUAACUUGUUGUGUGUUUUUUUUUUUCCCUCAUGGCUUCCGGCACUGAUUCUUGUAAGUAUGAUUGAGUUAUCAUCCUGCUGACAAAGUCACAUCAU